AUUGCACACAGGGAGAAUCUGGAGCCAACCAAACACUCAAAUGAAGAUCCUCCAGAGCCGGGAGUGAUGCAAGGGCAUCUGUGACUAGAAGAGUUGCCCACUCUGGGUCGUAUUCACCCAGAUCCCAUCUAGUAGAGGAAGGAGUUAAUAUAUUCUCUGAAUCCUGGGACUUAACUCACAUUAUUUGACGAACCCCAACAAGGGAACUGAUAGCGGGCAGAAGGAACAACCUAAUCUUGGCUUCUUCAAAAGAUAUAACUCCGUCUUCGUCUGGAGAUGGACAUAGGUGACCUAUAUGGAGCUUGGUUGCAUAUUUAGAAGCAGACGUUGGCUUUGGUUCCGUUGUAACCAGACUCUCGACUUGAGACGAAAGACGUCUGGAGGAUAAAGUGAUGUUCGACAGAAUUUCUGGCUCCACAGCGAAGUUGAUUCGUUUGCAUACUAAACGGAGAGUCUUGCAAUUGUCAACCACCUGCCCAACAAACCUGAGUGAGAACGGCGGCUGGAAAACGGAAUGUCGUAGAACUGGAAGCCAACAUACCUCAGCACAUAUUUCUCGGAGAAGCUCCGUAGGCAGCGACAACAACCCGCUCAUAGAUAACUCAAGGUGCCGAGUUGUGUGAGUUUGCCAGUUUAUCGAUGGUG